AUGUGGUUCUCGCAAUAUUUUAUUUGGCCUGAUUUGGAAAGUCUACAGCGUAGAGGUGAAUUUUUUUGGCGCUAAAUGAACUAUAUGAUCAUUAUCUAAUUAGAAAACACUUUUUAAAAAAACUGGAGGAAAGUUAUAAGUUUCUUUUUUCAUCUAUAAAUUAAUUUUAAAUGAUUUGUUACUGAACUCAAUAAGCUUAGCCUGAUUUCAGAUUGUAACUCUCGUCUUGUUCAUCGUAACGAUUUUAUGUGCCUUUGUAUCAUACAAAAUUACAAUGCGACAGCCUCUGUAUUACAAUCUUUUUCUUGUUGAAAUGCACACAUGGACGAGAAGACGUAUAGUUCAGGUUAGUUUUUUUUAUACCUGGUGCAGAUUUCAUGAAAUUUGAGGUGCUCCAUCUUGGUCAAGAGUUCAGUCCCAGAGAAAGUUGGAGGAACUUGGUCGCUCAGUUGAGAGAACGGUCCCCAAGGCCUCCCAACGAAGAACUUCUGGCUAUUUCCGACACGAAUGUCGUCAUUCAGUCGCCGUCCACCGUUAUAGACGCGCCUUAUUCCAGGUUUAGAGCAAGUGUUACAAUUAUUUUUACAAUAAAGCAAAGAUUUUAUAAUUUUUAUUUUGGCACAUAUGACAUUCACGGAAUAUCAAUAAUGACUUUGUAAAAUGAAAAAUUAUAUUAAAAGUUUAAAACAAAUAAAAAGUAUAUACGCUGUUUAAACAACUUUUCCUGGGGUGUUAAAGAACAUGGGCUCAUUUUAAAAAGUAGUUCUAAUGUAACUAAUUACAAUCAUACGACGGCUGGAUCCCACCCCGGAGUAGGUUAAUUGCGGCCUAACGCCUAUAAACUGCGGCCUUAUUCAGUACAUUUUAAAUAUUUUCUUUGCUCGCAAAAGGGUGGGGUGGGAUCUAGCCCACGUAUGUAUACAAUGCUAUUUAAUAUUUUUUUAAAAAAAUAUUGAAUUAUUUCUCAUGAUAAUUUUGCGCCGCUAUGAUAUUUCAAUUUCAAUUUAUUCAGUCUUCAGAGUAAGAUGAAGAAAAUCUCUGCUGAAUCAUGAUAUAAUCGAAGAGUUAUAGUCUGUUCAGAUUUUUAAUGUCAAAUGCAAUGACGUCAUUCAAAAACACUCUGUGGAUGGCUCGCUCUCUGAUUGGUUUAUCGCACCAUUAGGGGACGGAGCUUGAGCGACGACUUGACUGUCGAAACCUGAGCAGACUAUAGUCGUCGGCGCGGGAUACGGUCCACAAUUGUUGUCCAAUAUGUCCCGGCGUGACAGCUAGUGUUGGUAAAAAAUGUGGGCCCGUUGGUAGUACCAGCCAAUAAACUGCUUCACCAUAAUAUCGGAUGAAUAAAUACCAUAACAUAAAAUUUUUUUUCCCUAUGUUUUAAAAUUAAAAAAUCCCGAUUCUUCCCUUUCUUUCGAAAAAGUAAAUGCCUGUUCAGCGUUCCACAAGCAGACUCGAUGACGUUGUGGCAAAUUGGAAUUCCGCCCAACUCCUCACGAGUUCCAGAUCCCGCUCGAGACAGUCAAUACGCGGCCGCCGCUGCCAUCGCUGUCCUCGCUCGCGGGUUUUAGCUUUCUCUCGAGAUUGAGCAUCACCUCAGAUUUCAGGAUCAACCCUACUCUCAGCACGCGAACCGACUUCGGUGCUGCUUCGGUCUCUCCGCCGGAGGAAGCCGUUCUCCCAGAGACAGGAGUCGAAUCUCAGGAUUCGUCCACUAUUGCUUCUAUCAACGUCAAUAUCUUGCCAUCAGAAGCACAAGUAUGUUUUUUUUUUCAUCGUCAUGCUCGAAUAGUAGCUUUUUGGUUCAUUUUAGAAUGAUGUCGUUUUUUCGGACCGCGAAAGUGUCCAUUCGGAAAGUGUUUCUGGAACAACAACUGAGGCCAGUAUUUUGACCACUCCAUCAGUUUCUUUCGAAGAUUCAGCAAAUACCGGUGUUUCAUUAGUCCUCAGCGCACUUAUUCGAAUAAUUCAGAACUUGAAUCUUCGGAAGUCUCCAUAGACACGGCAGGACCUUCCACGUCACACGAAGGAGAGGCGAAUACCAGCGGAAGCUCCACUAACACUGAAAAUGACGAGGCACCUUUGGAAACAUCCGAAAGUUCUGGAACAAAGCUUGAAAAGGAAGAAGGUCCCAAUGUGGGGGAGCAGUUCGGAAUCCGGCUCAAGUUUUUGGAUGAUACCCAGAGGGAGACUCACGCAAGUUUCUCAGAAACAGUGGCCGAUUUCAAGAAGUUUUGAAGCUGUUGUUAGAUUCUCUCAUUCUAAUUUUAAAGGAAAAACUUCCCCGAAGAUGUCGCACAAGGGAAAGUUGUUCGGUUGAUCUUCCAAGGUAUUCCGAGUUACUUGAAUAAUAUAUCUAAACCAUUAAAGGACAACUUCUUCGGGACGACACGCGUUCUCUGCAAUCGUACGGUUUGAACGACGGCUGUGUCCUCCAUUGUCAUGUUAGCAACACUCCUUACGCCCGAAGUGUGAGUUUUCUGACGAUUUGUAAUCCAAAUUUAAUGUACACAACACCAAAAAACAACGUGAAUUUUUUUGGCGCUCUGAGUUUCAAUUUUUAUUAAUUCCUUCGUCGCCAUGACAAAGUAUGAUGACAGGCUCCUCCACCUGAGCAGCCGCAUGAAGUGAGACGACGACGGCCGACAGAAGGAGCAGCGCUGGCUCCGGAAAGUGGUCCUGGUGCAGCGGACCUCGGUCAGGAGGAAAUCCUUUGUUCGGAAUCCGCAGCUGGCAACUUUCUGGAUUGCUCUGCUCAAUUCCUUGUUCCCAUCCUACGUGAACGGGUCUUUAGUACGAGGCAGCACCAUGCUUCUAAACAACACCGCUGCCGGACGACCCAACGUCUUCUGGAGAGCCUAUCGAUGGUCAGAUACCCUGUAUUUAUUUGUUUCGACGUACGUUUUCAGGACUCAUAACACCAUAAUUAGAGCUUUCGGCCCGCCAGACGAUAGGCCAGUGACGCUGGAAGAAGCCGCAGAAGCAGCUGCCAGGCCUUUGCGCGCUUACCUAAACAUUGGCGAUUACUUUCUGUGGAUAUUUGCAGGUCAGUAGAUUCCUCGUAGAACCAGUUUUAUACCACGGGACAAAAAAAAAAGUAAAUUUGUUAUUAUUGCUACAAAACGUUGUGGAUUUCUGAAGAGACGAAUAAACUGUGAAGGAGCCAAAAAAGAGCGCGCAUGAUUUCAUUAUUCUUGGACUACCAAACGAUAAGUUUUAAACAUAACACAUCUGUUCAGCCCGUCCGGUUUGGCACACUGUAUUUUUAAAUUGUGUAUACACCAAUCGCGGUUUUUGAGCGAUAUCUUCGUUAAUAACGAGUUUUUUGAACGAAAAAUGAACAGAUUUGAAGAAAAACGUAAGUAGAACAUUCAAUGAUACAAUCUGAGUUUUUUUAACAAUUAAGUUUUUCCAAACGCUACCAAGCCUUAAAAAACGGCCUAAUUUGGGGAAUGUGUAUUUAGUAAGAAAAAAGAUUUUUUUUCUGUACUUUUUAACUAUCAAUGUCGGAAAUAGCUUUGUUUAUUUUAAUAAUCAGAAAAAAUUAUCGAAAAUGGUCUAGUAUGGCCAGCGGAGACGGCGCAGUGCAAACCGGACGGGUCCCUGUAGGUCUGAACUGCUGUGAUAAAGACAUUAUUUAUUAAUCUCGCAACAAGUUCAAGCUAAAGAGGGUUCUCAAUAAAUUAUGAAUGGUACUUCCUUAAGAAACCUCAUGCGCCUAUUUUUUUUUUCCAGAAUUCAGGUGAAAGGGGAAAUAAUCAGCAGAUGGCAGCGUUUACUUCAAACAUUUAUUCUUUUUUCGCAAAAUUUCAGCGAAUUCUUUUUUCAAAAAAAGUCUCUGAGAUAAACACGUGGAUCGUAGACUUCUUCUGCUGAAAAAGGCGUAUUUUGAUGUAAGUGCAAAAUUCAAAAAAUCAAAUCGUGCAGUUGGGACAUUAGAGCAUUAUUGAGAAACAAUUCCAAUUGUUAACGUUAUGAUUACAGGUCAUCUUCUUGCAGUUUGGUUGUUUGCGUACUUCUUUCCGCAGUUCAUGGAUCGCACUUCGAUUGCCGCUAUUUUCCUCAUCUCCAUUUUUUUCGCUUACAUGCUCAUGAACUCGACUGUCACGCGAGAACCUGGUGCUCCCCGUCUAAGACGACAGCGACCAGUUAAUAUGUGA